UGAAAAUCCAACUCUGCAUCACACCUCGAUGUUUCUCGUCUCCUCCGCCAAACAUCCAGUUGGUUCUCGCGCCUCGCCCGCCGGUCUUCAAAUCCAAUUUCUGACUUCACGAGAGCUCGCCUGACCUCUUCCCUUCCUGUGCUUCCCUCCCUCCGCUUUCCCCAAACCGCUCCCUGCUCAAAUCCAUCGCUCCCUGUAAAAUCUUCUGCUCCCAAUGGAGUUCUUUGCUGCCACUGGUGAGGACGACGACUCCAUCGACACUUCCAACCUACCGGCCAAACAAGCAUCCUGGGAGUUAUCCCCCCAAGCUAGCCGCUCCAUGGGUGUCCCUGGAGCUCAUCUUCAAAGGGCUGCUGCAAACUUCAAUAGCUUCGACCUCAACUCUGAGGCCCCAAACUAUGGAAGCUUCACUCAAUUAGUUCUUUCUCCAUCCAUCCCCAAUCCAGAUCUCGAGUUUGGAGCAGGUCGGCGUGGCAAGGUAGCUGGUCAGCACUCUGUGUCUCCAAGCCAUGCUGCGGCACCGCAAAAAUCUUGCAGAGUGGACACCACAUCUGUUGCUAGAAAUCCCAUAACCAUGGGCGCACAUGGCGGGCAUCACCGUUCUGUGGCAUCUCUUUGUGGUGCCAAGGCGUCCAGACUGCACCCUGAAAUUGGUAGCAAGCAUGGGAAUCUUGGUGUAGGUGCAAGUUCCAAUGUCACAGCACCAUCCUUGGCAGACACAGACCACGCACAAGACAUGGAGGACGAAGUGGUUAUCGAUGCAUUUUCAAAUGGGGAGCACUAUGACAAGGCUAACUGGAAUUCCGAGAACACUAAUGUGUUCUGUGACCUGUGUGUUGAGGAGAUGCGCGCUGGGAAUCAUAGCAAUGGUUUUCUAACAGCGAGAGCUUACAAAAACAUAGCUGAGAAGUACUUCUUCACCACGGGGUUGCGACACUCUAGGCAGCAAUUUAAGAAUAGGUGGCAAGCCUUGAAGAGAAUGUAUAAUUUCUGGCUGUGGGUGAACAAACAAACAGGUCAAGGCUCUGUUUUUGACGAUGACGCAUUUUGGGAAUCCAAUACUAAGGGACAAUCCGAGUGGAAGAAGCUUAGGUACGCCCCCCCCUGAAUGGAUCGAUCAAUUUGAAAUCAUGUUUCAGCAUGUGGCUGUUGAUGGAUCAUCUGCAUGUAUUCCUGGAGAGCAGAUUUUCAAUAAAGGUGGUUGUGGUGACAAAAAAGAUGUCGAUGGCAGAAAAAGAGUUGGGCAAAGCAGCAUAUGUGCUACCAGUCCACAGAAGAAAACAAAGAGCCCUAUGGUGAGGAUCAUGAAGGGAAUAUGGGAGACAAUGCAAAAGAACGCAGCGGCCACACAGAAGGCAGUGGAUGGUGAUGUGCAAUCAGAUUCGAUCAAAAAAGCCAUGUCCUUGGUUGUAGAGUGCGGAGCACCAGAGGGGAGUGCAGAGCAUUUCAUGGCCAGCCAGCUGUUUGCGAAAUCAGCCUAUCGUGACAUCUUUUUUACCUUAACAACCAAGGAGGGAAGGCUGGCUUGGUUGAGGAGGUGGUGUCAGUCAAGGAAUGUCUAUUAGUUCGUAUGCUAGUCAUGUGUAUGCAAGUUUAAAUUGUGUGUUUAUGGAUGGUAGUUGUAUAUUAGUUGUUGGAUGUGUCUGCUUUUGGUUAGGAGUAUAAAACCUCUUCAAACUAGCUGAGAUUGCUUUUGGGUUGUAAGAUAAAACAUGUGCUAGUGGAGUAAUGGUUACUCAUGGCUAGUCAACUAGUAGUGGCUGCACAUAAUGUACAUAUGACGUUGCAAUAAAUCGUACUAUUAUCUGUACAUAUUAGAUUGUAGUUGCUAUUUGUGUUACAUGUACAAUGUGUAUGUCUAACUGAUAUAGGAUGUAAUGUUCCUUUUCAGAUGGACUCCAGUUCAUCUGAUGAAGAAGAUAUAAGAAUCAAUUUCGCACUGCAGCAAGGAAGUCUCAUACAACAAUAUGGGGCAAUAGCGUGUCUAUUUGGUGCGUACUACAACGAUAAAUU